AUGUCCUCCGAACAUAUCGCAGUCCAUCUUGCACAGCGCCCUGAGACAAAUAUUGUCCCUGGAGAAACAUUUGCUGUACAGAAGCAUGCAACCCCUAGUCCAACAAAUCUUCAGGACGGCGAUGUCCUCCUAGAAAGCCUUUAUCUAAGUCUGGAUCCUGCUAUGCGUGGCUGGUUGGACGACAAACCUUCAUACAUUCCUCCUGUUGCAAUUGGUGAAAUCAUGCGUGGCCAGGCUUUGGGCCGUGUAACCGCCUCGCGAUCACAGAAGUAUCCAGUUGGCUCCUAUGCUGUGGGUAUGGUAGGCUGGACUGAGCAGGCAAUUGUCAAUGAAAGCUCUCUGCAAGCCGUACCUACACCCGAUCCUGCCCAUGGCAGUCGCUUGACCGAUAGUCUGAGCGUUCUUGGCUUCACAGGAAUCACCGCGUACUGGGGCAUGGUCGAAGUCGGCCAUGUUAAGCCCGGCGACUUCGUGGUUGUUUCUGGAGCAGCAGGUGCAACAGGAUCUAUCGCUGGACAGAUUGCAAAGAUCAAUGGUGCAACUGUUUACGGAAUCGCAGGUUCGGAUGAGAAGUGUCGUUGGUUGGUUGACGACCUCAAAUUUGACGGGGCGUUGAACUAUAAGAGUAAAGACUUCGCUGAACAGUUCAAAAGCAUCACGCAGGGAAAGAUCGAUCUCUUUUACGACAAUGUCGGAGGAGAAGUUCUUGAUUUGGCUCUUAUCUGUGCUAACAAGAACGCUCGAUUCGUCAUGUGCGGUGGUGUCAGUCAAUUCAAUGAACGUGAGGUUCAAGGGCCGAAGAACUACCAGAUGAUAUGGAGAAGCCGGAUCCGCAUGGAAGGCUUUAUCAUCUUUGAUCAUUUGGAUAAAGUACCUGAAGUCAGACAGAAGCUCAGCCAGUGGCUUGCGGAGGGUCGGUUGCAACGGAGGGAAACCAUUGUGCGUGGGGGUUUAUCGCAAGCAGAAACUGCUUUGAUGCAAUUGUAUCAGGGUGUGAAUACUGGAAAACUGCUUGUUGAGGUUAAAGCUCCUUGA